GAUAAUCCUUCUGUAAAGCCCCCCCACCCACAUACAGACAUAGCCAGACAUACCUCCCUGGCUCUGUUCUUUGACACAAAGACCACCACCACCACCACCACCACAACCACUUUCAUCACCACCAGACUCGCGUUACGGAAAACAAGCACUUAAACCGAAACCACAUCGGCCGUGUUUUAGCAAUUAUUCCUCGGUUAUAUUUCUAUUUCUACAUCGAAUUUCACAACUUAUAACCACAAGGUAUUUUGACCGUUACCGAGAUGUCUGCAACAGGGUUUUAUAUCCGAGAAUGGUACGCCUCAUAUUACUGCAACAAGACAUCCCAAUGGCUGUACGGCAAACUUGUUGCUGACCCCACCCAGAUUGUCUUUAAAGAAAAUGACAGCAAAGGAGAAGAAGAAGCUUACACACCCCUGACGUUAGUUAUUCCAUUUGGCAAAGUGGAAACCAUAAAGAAAAUGAGGUCAACCGUUAUCUUCAGUUCUUUGGUGAUUACAUUAAACAACAGCCAAGACAUACAUUGGUUUUCGUCGUUUACAGAUCGCAGUGCCGUUUGUUUAACCUUGAACCAUUUCUUAAGAUUUGGUCUGUUUAGCAAAGAAUCCAAGGACCAGCCAAUGCAUAAAGAGAGCACAGAACUUGGCACGGAACUUUUGAAAGUUGCUCACGAUUCUGAAAGGACUUUGGCACAGGCGGCCGAAAAACUGGAAUCACAAGGCGAACAAAUUGAUAAUUGCAUUGCAGUCAUGUACGAUAUCGAAGAAGACCUUGAUGUGUCAGAGAAUUUAAUUAAAGGGUUACAGUCUUGGUUUGGUCAGCUGACCACAAUGCAGAAAACUAACGACGUGGUUGACCCAGUGGUCAUCACCAACAAAGACAUUCCAGAUGUCCAUGAAUAUGAAGUGCUUUAUUACAAGAUGGACGAAGACAGAUGCCCCUUGCACUCACUGUGUGAUGGAAUUCUUAGAAUCAGUCGCGAAGCUCUCACCCUCACCACACCACUGCAAGCUGUUGUUGAAAAUUAUUCUUGGUCAGAAAUUUCCCGAGUUUAUGCUGUCACACCCUGGGAACUCCAUAUAAGCCAUUUCUGUCUUGGAAAACCUGAUGUGAAUUACACCAUUAUUUCUGCUCACAUUCAUAAAUUUGUCAAAAGACUGGCUUCCCGCCUUAAGGACAGAUUUGAGUUCAUGGAGUCAAGCCAAUCAGAGAAUUUAUGUUCUGAUCUUCCAAUUAAAGGUUCCACUUCAACGCAGAACACCUCCAUCCAGGAACGGUCCCCUACAGAGUACAAAGACCCCAUGCAGGAACAGAAGAAUGCCUCCCGGCAAUUGGUGUCUGAUUCGGAGGUGGAGGAAGUAAGCAGCAUCCUGACCAAAAUCAAGUCGAUGGCGCUGAACAUCAACCACGAAGAGACUAAACAGAACGAGAAACUCGACGAACUCACAGACAGCGUGAAAACGGCAACGACCAGGGUGAAGGAUCAAACCAAACAAAUUAAGAAAAUGAUUUAAGAUUCGGGCUCUCCCCUCCUAUUCACUCUCUCCUCUCAUAUGUGCAUAUAUAU